AUGGCGGAGACCACAGAGAAGAUCACGCUCUUUCCUAGCCAGGUCGUGCAUGCGGAGAAACUGAUCAGGGUGCUGGAGAGGAGCCCUUAUGCGCUAGACUUUUCGCAGAUGGGGCUGGGCAAGACUUACACCGGCUCGCACAUAGCCCUCACCAUGGGGUUCCAACAUGUGAUCCUCGUCGCUCCCGUCAGCGUACAACCAAAGUGGAACGAUAUGCGCGUGCGUUACGGGGUGCCCAUAACAGAGAAUAUCAGCUUCUGCAGCAUCCGUUCCGUCAGGAAUAAACAGCCUUCGCACGGGCUCCUCUCCAGGAGAGAUUACAAGGUAGAGAUCAGGAAGAACAACGAGGUGCGGGAGAUUUCAAAGACGGACUUUAGGGUCACGGACAAGUUCCGCGAGUUCGUACGAGAGGGCGCCCUCCUCUUGGUAGACGAAGAUACAGUUCAUCAAGAACGUCACGGCGCAGACCUCCGCGUGCCAAGCUCUCGUGCGGACCAUCGUAGGAUUCCUUCCGAGCAAGGGGGGCGGUCGCGGGUCCUCAUGUUGUCCGGCAGCCCCUUGGACAAGGAGGAACAGGUGGCCACGCUCUUCCGCACCCUCAACCUCAUGCAGGGGAACGAGCUGUGCCGCUACAACAUCGGGACGCGCACCAUGGAGUGCACCGGGAUCACCGACAUCAUCGAACAUUGCAAGAGGAUAGACCUGGAGGGGACCGAGAAGAUACUGAGGAUGAAACAUCGCUGGUGGUUCCUGAACGAGUACAACAUGCGGCGGCUCUGCUACCUCCUCUUCCAGGACGUCUUCAAGCGGCACCUGGCGUCCGCGAUGCCCCCCACGCGCUCGAAUGCGACCCUGUACAAGUACAACGGGUUCUACGACGUGAAGAACGAGAGCGACAGGAACGGCCUCACGGAAGGUGUGCGGGCGCUGCAGGAAGCCGUGAGAUAUGAUGCAGGGACGGGGAGGGUGUCCUACGAGAAUGCGAAUUUCGGCGACCUCACGAGAGCGUUGGUGCAGAUCGAGGAGGCCAAAGUCAGCACCUUCCUGAGGAUCGCACGAGACCUGCUGAUGAGCGACGAGGACCGCAAGCUGGUGAUCUGCUUGAACUACAGGAGCAGCAUCCGGAAGCUGAAAGCGGCCCUCUCCUGGUGGGAUCCGCUGGUACUGGACGGGACAGUCUCGAAGCGGAAGCGCAAGGAGAUCAUAGAUGCAUUCCAGGCUCCCACGCACUACAGGCGCGUGUUGAUUGGGAACGUCUCCGUCUGCUCUACCGGGAUAGACCUUGACGACAAGCACGGGAGCUUUCCGCGAACGGCACUCGUGAGCCCUAACUACAGCACGAUCACGCUGUACCAGCUCUGCCACAGGUUCCAGCGGCUGGACACCAAGUCGGACGCCUCCGUCAAGAUGGUCUACGCGAAGCACUGCCAGGAGCUGUCGGUGCUCAACGCGCUCGCGCGCAAGGGCGGGGUCAUGAAGCAGACGACGAGAGAGCAGGUGGAGGCGGGGGUGCUUUUCCCGGGGGACUUUCCGAGAUGGGACGAGGAGCUGGUCCUCGGACGGCAACCGGCGGACCUCAUAGAUGCAUUCAUGAAGAAGAGAGAGGAGAGACUCGUGCCGAGAGCGGCCAAGCUGAUAUCGAGGGCAUAUAGGGAGUACUUGUAUCGCCCGGACGGUCCCAUGUACCGAAUCACCAUUCGAGAUCUCAUGGAUGCAUACGAGAAGUUGCAGGAGUGGACCGAAGUGCGUGAAUACGUCAAGGAGGACCCUGGACAUAGAUCUCUGAUGGAUGCUUGUAGACAUUUCUACGAGAAGGAGUGGAAGGUGUCUCAACAGUCUGAAUCAGCCGCUACCUGA